AUGGCAUCGACCGCCUGGUCAGUGCGAGAUGUAUUGGCAGUCAUCUUCAUCUUGGUAUGCUUUUUCUUCGCCUGGUUGAUCUCCAUGGGGGAGAACCUGUUUGUCUUGCACUUUCCGGACCGAGAAUACGCACAGCAGAAGAUUGUGGACGCGCGCGGCCCUCUUGAUGACACCUUCCUUGGUGGUGUGCAGCGCUCUUACUGGGGCCCGCGCUGGAUCUGGUUUGCUCCCCACGUCUUCUCGUCGAUCGUCUGGUGGAACUUCGCUUGGAUCCAACUCAUCAAGUGGAUCCGAGCCAAGCACAUCUGGCUCCACCGCUUGAACGGGAGGAUUCAGGUCACGGCCAUGAUGGGCCAGAUCAUCACAGGCAUCGGCCUUGCCAGCGGGUCCCCGACGCACGGGGUGAAGAUGUUGAGCACUGCUUACGGUCUUGCGAUGGCCUAUGUCUUGGCAAACACGAUCUACUACGUCCGGAAGAAGGACAUCGUCCGGCACAAGUACUGGGCCACGAAACUCUUUGGCUACUCCCAAGCCAUCGCGCUCCAGCGGGUGUACUUCUUUGCCUUCACCGCUUCGACGCUGCUUGGCGACUCUCCGUUCUGGACCGUCGCGCCCUCCAGCUCCUUGGAGCAGCGCAAUGCGGAAUCAAAGGACAUGUUCGAUGACUCUUUCUCCAUGUGCAUCUUCACAGCCAUCGUUCUGACGGAGUGGUACCAAGCGGCAGACGUCCACGAGCUUCUGGAGUACCGCGUCAAGGAUGUCAACGCGAAGAACGGCCUACCUCCCCUUCAGCAGCCUCUGGUGGGGUUUAUGGUCGAGAUGAGAACCUAG